UAAAAGUAUCUACAAAAAUAUUUUAAAUUCUUCUUUGUUAAUUUAAUUAAUAUUUUUUUUUUAUUUUUAUUAAGAAAUUAGGUACCAAGUACCCUAUUUUCUUUUUGGCUAAAUUCUUAAUGCAAUAAAAUUAGUAUCAUUUUUAUAAAGAGCGCCAAUAGCAUAAAUAUCAUUUUAUAUUUUAUGCAACUAAAAAUACAAGGUGUCAAAUUGCGAGAUGACGCAUCAUAACCUUACUUUCAGUUCAGAUUUAAAAGGAUAGGAUGUGUGGAAUUUUCUGUGUUCUAAACAAUUUUUGUAAUAACUGUGACAAUUUAAUUAGUCAGUUAAAGUUUGAACAAAAUAUCAAAAAUCGAGGGCCUGAUAACUUCGAUUUUAAAGUAUUCAGUACUGAUGACUGCACCCUUGCUUUUGCUUCUAGCGUACUGUGGUUACAGGGUAAAACCCUAACUGCACAGCCCAUAGAAGAUGCUGAUUCAAUUUUUAUUUAUAACGGAGAUAUAUUCUCUAGUUUCAAUGAGACUCUACAAAAAGAUGUUGGAGAUACAAAGUUAUUUUAUGCUUUUUUAAAAGAGCAUAUCGCAAAUAACUCUUUACAUGACUUGGACAAGGUUCAUGGCCCUUAUGCUUUUAUAUUUUUUGACAAACACAAUAAAAAAUUAUAUUUUGGUCGAGAUAUCUUUGGUAGAAGAAGCCUACUUCUUGGCAAGAAUAAAGAAAGCGAUACUCUCAUUCUUACAAGUGUUGCCAAACGGAGAACAGAGUUUGAUUUCAUUGAGAUACCUGCAGUAGGUACAUUUUGCUAUAAUAUUUUGAGCAACAAGUUUGAAGUGUACUGUUGGCAGCACAAAAACAAGAACUACUUCAGCAAAUUAAAAGAAUUUGAAGCAUUUUUAUUGACAGAUAUUGGAAAUGUUUUCCAAAAAGAGGAUGAAACAGAUUCUGGUCAAAUCCGUACAUUUAUUGAAAAUGAAAAUCUGUGUAUAUUGAGGGGGUUAAAGGAGAAUGGUUUAAAUGAGGAAGGGAGUCUAGUUUUUAAUCAGUUACUGAACUCAAAUACAUGGAUGAAGAAUGUCAAAUUAUUACAAAGAUUGUUGGAGAAUUCAAUAGCAAAAAGGAUAUCAACACAACCUCAGUACUGUAAGCAAUGCAUUCAGAAUAAAGCAAACUGUAAACAUGCCACCGUUGGGAUAUUAUUUUCAGGUGGUGUAGAUUGUGCUAUUUUGGCAUUGUUAUGUGACAAGUAUGUUGACAAAAAAAGACCAAUAGAUUUAAUCAAUGUUUCCUUUGAUGAGGCUAAAGAUUAUCAAUCCCCGGACCGAAUUUCUGGGUUGCAAACGUUGGAAGAAUUGCAAUUGUGCUGCCCGGAAAGAAAAUGGAAUUUUAUUGAAGUUAAUGUUACAAAAGAUGUAUUGGAUAAAGAAAGAGAUGCACAUAUCGCUGAUUUAAUAUAUCCUUUAAAUACCAUUUUAGAUGAUAGCCUGGGAUGUGCCUUGUGGUUUGCAGCUAGAGGACAAUGCAAGACCUACACUACACCAUGUAGAGUACUUAUUGUUGGUAUGGGAGCUGAUGAACUAUUUGGAGGUUAUAUAAGACACAGAUUUGCUUUGAAACGUUAUUCAUGGCAGGGCUUGCAGAAUUUACUGGAUGAGGAUUGGCAAAAUUUACCGUACAGAAAUUUGGGAAGAGAUGACAGAGUUGUAUCAGACCAUGGUCGUCAGCUCAGAACACCAUAUUUGGAUGAAAAUGUGGUCCAGUUUUUGAGAAGUCUUGAAUGUUGGGAAAAGACAUAUCCAUCUUCCGAUCUACCUCUAGGAGUUGGUGAAAAGGUCCUACUUCGUUCAUUGGCCUUUUACUUGGGUCUAAAAAACGCGGCCAUUUUGAAAAAGAAGGCUCUACAAUUCGGCUCGAAAAUAGCCAACCCCAAAGAAAAUGGCCAUGAAAUAUCUUCCAGGUUGUGUAAUUGAACAAAACAAAGAGUACAAGUACUAUUGUUGAUAUUUUUUAUUUUAUAUAUCUAUAAUUAUUAUGUAUUUAUUGUUAUCGCAUUUACUUAUUUAUUUUAACAUGAACUUUUUUCAAAAUGAUUUCGAUGUACUAAAUUGAAUGGAUUUGUUAUAUUUAUUAUUUAUAUAAAUCUAAAUACGCAUAAUGAGGCUUUAUUAAAAUUAAAUCAAUCGCAGAA